UAUAAAUAUAUUCCUUAACUUCUAAUUCUUCCUAUCCACCAUUUUUCUACAUUUCUUCACAACAAUAAUUUUGCCUUUUUCUAAUUCAUGGGGAAUUACAUUUCUUGUACUCUCUCCACACCAAUCGGUGUCAAACCCUCCUCUUCUUCCACCACCACCGUCAUCUUUCCCAGCGGCCAAAUCCGACACUUUCACGAGUCGGUCAAGGCGGCCGAGCUCAUGUUCGAGAUCCCCAAUUUCUUCCUUGUUAAUUCUCAAUCCCUUCAUUUGGGUCGGAGAUUUUCGGCUUUGAUGGCCGAUGAGGAUCUCGAGAUGGGUAAUUUGUACCUUAUGUUUCCCAUGAAGAAGGUCAAUUCGGUGGUGUCGGUGGCGGAUAUGGGGGCUUUGUUUCUCGCUGCCGAGCGGGUCUCCGGCAGGAAUAAGCGGCGGAUUAUCGGCGGUGGGGAUUCUACUGUUUGUGUUUGGCCAGAGGUGGAAACAGAGGAAUCGAAACCGAAGUUGAAUUUGGAUGGUAGUGGUGGUAGUGAUGAGGAUGACGACGACGUGGAGGGGUUUUCGCCGGUCCCGGAAUUUGGUCAUCGGAGGUCGAUGUGUAGGUCGAGGAAGCCAUUGUUGGAGACUAUAGCUGAAGAGCCUGUAUGUUCGAGAUGAUGGGAAAUUGGGGGAAAAUUUAAAAGCUAUUUGAUUUGUUCUUUGUUUCUAUUGGGGAUUUUUCUUUUCGAAAUUAGUGAAAGGGAAAACCCAUUUGUUGAUUAAUUUGUACUAUGGGAAAAUUAGUUGAUAUUAGGCUUUUGAAAUCUUUCACGUGUUCAAAGAACGUGAAAAUAUUUGUGUAAUUAUGUACAAUAUUUCGUAAA